AUGAGAUCGUCCCUCUCGGACCUCCAAAGGGCGAUAAAGGGGCUGGUGGUGAUGAGCAGCGAGCUGGAGCUCAUGUACAACUCCAUGCUCACCAACGCGGUGCCGGACGCCUGGGCCAAGGUGGCGUACCCCUCCCUGAAGCCGCUGGCCAGCUGGAUCAAGGACUACCACGACCGGAUUGCCUUCAUGAGGGGGUGGCUGGAGGGCGGCGCCCCGCCCUGCUUCUGGCUGCCCGGCUUCUUCUUCCCUCAGGGAUUCAUGACGGGCGUGCUGCAGAUGCACGCCCGGAAGGAAUCCAUACCCAUCGACGCGCUCAACUUCGGUUUCGAGGUGACGGAAGCGGAAACGGGCGAUGACGUGGCGUCGCCGCCUGAGGACGGCAUCUACGUGAACGGCCUGUGGAUCGACAACGCGCGCUGGAACAGGACGACCCGGCGGCUCGACGAGUCGGAGCCCGGCGUAAUGUUCUCCCCCCUCCCCGUCGUGCACUUCAAGCCGGUCCUGAACUACGUGCCGCCGGCCGGGGAGUACCAGACACCGCUGUACAAGACGAGCGUCCGGGCGGGGGCGCUGUCGACCACGGGGCAGAGCACGAACUUCGUGCUGUGCGUGAGCCUGCCAAUCAGGGAAGGGACGGAGUCGGACUUCUGGGUGCUGCAGGGCGUCGCACUCAUGUGCAUGCUCGACAACUGA